UCCUGACCCCACCCCCGGAAGAGGCUGGCGCCGCGCGCUUUGGCGUGCUCAGCGGCGCUCAGGGACGGUUGGAACGUCCUGACCCGGCGAUUCCAAUCUCCCCCCCAGCCCCGCCCCUCCCCAGCGGGAAGGCGUUCGCGCCGCGCGCCCGGACCAGCAGUAGUUCCCCUUGAUCAUUGGAACAAGCUUCUCAAGAGAUGGAGGAAUUGUCACAAGGAGACUCUGAACCAUGGUAUUGUCAUCAAGUAUAUGGAAGGUACUGGCAGCACUACAACCUAGCCAUGGGCUGGAUGUACAAGCAUAAAAAUGCCUUCAGGAAAGCUAUGGAGUCCUAUCAUCUCUCCUGCUAUCCUCCUGCAAUCUUUCCAAGUAAUCGAUACUCUGAUUGGGAUGGAAGUGACCCAUCACCUGCUCGUGACUAUUCUUCUGGUAACAAUCGAAAUGGCAGAACCCAGUACCUUCCCCAGCCUCAGCAAUACUCAAGGGCCCCGUGUGGUUCUAGAGUGAGGGAGGAUGUGGACUGCAAUUCUGAAAUGGAGAAGGAAUCUGUGUCUGAAGGCGAAAUAGAGUAUGACUUGAGCAACAUGGAGAUCACAGAGGAGCUCCGCCAGUAUUUUGCACAGACAGAGAGGCACAGACAAGAGCUACGAAGACAGCAGCAGCUUGAAGCAGAGCGCCAGGACAUGUAUGUUGAAGCUGAUCAUGACCUGCAUGUCAGAACAGGCCGCUCAGUGCAACCCCCUACGGAGAGACCUGGGGAGAGGAGGAUGGCUGAAAUGAAGAAACUGUAUGGUGUGGGUGCCCCCAAAAUCCAAGCUAUGGAGACUGCCAUGCAGCUUACCUUUGAUAAGAACUGUGAUAAAAAGCAGCCCAAGUACUGGCCUGUUAUCCCUCUGAAACUAUAAGCUGGAUCAUGUUCAGCCCUAGCAGACCAGCUCUUGGUGCUGCCCAGUUUAGGCUGCCACAGUUGAAUUAACAAAUUGAGUAUCAUUCCUUCCCUCCCUCUUAUCUGUCAACUGGUGUUUUCGGAACCAAUGCCACUUCCAGAGGAUGAGCUAAGUGUUGAUUUGCAUUGUAGAGGAAAAUGGUAUUUUACUACUUGAGAAUAUAUUUUCACUGAUUUAGCAUUGGCCUACCUUGACUGUGCUUGGCAGGAAAUGAAAUAGCAUUUGUUUUCACUUAGUUGAGCUGGGAAAACUUAAGCUGUACAGAAGUAAUUAAGUUUUGAAUUCUUGCUGUUCCCCCUUGCAGAAAAAAACAAGUCAUCCAGUUUUUUAUUAUUUUUUUAACACAAUAUCCUUUAGAUUGAUUUUUAAACAGGGUAUAUUUCACAUGUGUCUUUUGAUCCUUGAUUUUUGGGAAUGUAGAGUCAGUUGGCCGAAGUACAACGUACUAAGCAACAGUAGCAUGACCACUUGAAUGUUUAUUCAAAGAUUUCUAAUAGGGCAGGAAAUCUUUCUUCUAGUGUGAUAUUCAGCUGGCAGGGUUUCAGCCAGGAAGCAAAUUUAGAUUUAAAUAUAAAAAAAUGGACAUUUUUAUUCUACAAAUGCUUAGUAAGAAAGACAUUUGUGAAAACAUGGCACAUUUUGUGCUUAUGCUGACACUGAAUUUGUCAGGGUAGCAGAAAGGUUCCAGUUAUUUUUGACACUUUAAAGGAAAGGAAAAUUAAACCAGCUGAAACUGGGCUUGCCUAUGCGAGGAUCUACUGUGACAGCCGUGUCGGCAAAUCCUCUUCCUGAAGAUGCAGAUCAUUCCAGGAAAAGGAGAUGUUUGGCCCAACAAAGCCACCCCAGAUCCCUGAAUAACGACAUAAGCUCGGCUGACAGAAGCACACUUUUUGGUGCAGAUCCAGCUGUGACAGGUCUUGCUAGUUUAGUGGGGGUAUGAUCUUUUGCUAUACUGGCAAAACGUUGUAGCAUAGUCCUGGCCUAGGGUUACAGUUCUACCACCUUACUUAAAUGUAGUGGUACUUUAAAUAGCUGGGGAGUUAUUGCAGUACUUCUCACAAGUGGGGCAUGGUUGGAAUGGUGAAAAGUGGUACCCUAUGUAUGCAAUAGCUAUUUUUCAGAAGGAUUUCUGCUGUCAUUUGCUACUGUGUACUUUGUAUGUGCAAACGAGCCAGAUAAAGAAUGUGAUGAUUAAAUGUCCUCUAUGCAAGAUUCUGUAUCAUAAAUAAUUCCAAAGGAAGAGUUUGCUGUCUAAAAUCUCUUAAACAUUCAUGAUCUAUCAUUAGACCAGAGAAAGUUAAGGCUGAAGUUCCAGUUUUAUUUUGCUCCAGCUGUCUGUCACAUGCCUGUUUGACUUAGAUGUUGUAGCACAUGGGAAGUAAAUCUCUAUGAUUUGCUACAUCUGGGUAGGUGAGAGCACAUUUUUUAUUUUCCUGGUGUUACAACUUUAAAAGUCCUAUUUUAUUUAUUCUAACUGAACUCACUUCAUUUUGGUAUAAUGUGAUGUAGUUAGACCAAGCCAAUUGAAAUGAAAAGCUUCCCAACUCUGAGACUCAUUACCAAUGUAAUUGUAUUAGGAAGCUUGCUCUCAGGAGGGUAAAAGAGGGAUUAUGAUAUGUAGUCCCACAUUUGGUUUGCUGGAAUUUUGUUAUAUUACAUAUUAUACUAGUGUGAUAUAGGAUGAAGUGUCAGAAAUUGUUGGGAGUUCUCUUGCGUGA